AUGGCGUCUGUCAAUUCCAAAUCAUCAAGGAAGGAUGAGGACGAGGAGCCUGAUGUGGUACACGAAGACUUAAUUGAGGACGACGAGCAUGAACAUUUUAGCUCGGAGUUGGAUGCCGCGCAACAAGAAUACCUAGCGCAUCAUCAGCAAUUGGAGGACUUCUUAUCGCCACUUGCUCUGGAUGAGAGUGUGCUAUACCAGCUGGCUCGGCGGUUUUCCACCACCUAUCGAAACCUGGCCUUGACAUCAGACCAACAAUUCCUACCGACCCCCGUCACGCAGUUACCGACUGGCCGGGAGACGGGUCGCUACCUGGCGAUUGAUGUUGGAGGAAGCAAUCUCCGGGUUGCAUUUAUUGAGUUGCUGGGAGACGCUGUGGACUCUGAUGUUCGUCCGACAGAUGCAACCGAAAGGUCGCACGACACGAUUCGCAAGGCUCAACGUCAGCGAGUGAAGCGAACCUUAGAGAAAGCAUGGCCUAUCCAGGAACAUUUGAAGAUGGAUAAAGCGGAGGAUCUAUUUUCUUGGAUCGGUGAUUGCAUCGCGGAGGUGGUGGCUGAAAGUCUAUCAUCAGAUGCCACUAAGAAAGACAUUCCCGCCGAAUUAGACAUGGGAAUCACAUUCAGUUUCCCUAUAAUGCAAGAGUCACUCGCAGAAGCUACGUUGAUGCCUAUGGGCAAGGGCUUUGCCAUCUCUUCGAAUCUCAAUCUUGGCAACAUUCUCUUGAAUGGCUAUGAAAAACACACAAAGCGACUAGACGACGAUGAUGAACCAUCCUCGAAGCGUCGCAAGCUGUUUGCACUUCCUAAGCUGAAGAUCCAGGCCAUCACUAAUGACGCGGUGGCGACGUUGGCCUCACUGGCAUACAAAGUCAAAUCCCUGCCGAACAGUCGAGUUGCCAUGGGAAUUAUUGUUGGCACUGGCUGCAAUGCAACCAUACCGAUGAAACUCAACUCAUUGCACGAGUCGAAAGCAAAGAGUGUCAACGCAAUGGAGCCCAAUGCAGUCGAGACAGUCGUCAACACAGAAUGGACCAUUUCAGGUGCUGCGCCACCAUUGCAGGAGCUCAAAGUGACCACAAAAUGGGAUGAUGAGCUGGACAAAGCUUGUGCGCGUCCUGGCUUCCAGCCUUUUGAAUACCUGACCGGAGGUCGUUAUAUUGGAGAACUGGUUCGAUUGAUUUUGUUCGACUAUCUCACCACAGUCGCCGGGUUAUCGAGACGCACCUUGCCCGCCAACCUCAUCCAGGAAUACGCUCUGACAACGACUUACAUUUCCGACAAUGUCGCAAAGGCCCGAUCCGACCCCGAGCUCGCUAAAACCCUCAAUGAGACGCUCCCUCCCCCAGAGAGCAGCGACUGGCGCUGGAAUGCCCGAACAGCCGGGGCUUUCCGCAAAAUCGCACGCACGGUGCAGAGACGAUCAGCCGGACUGAUUGCCGCUGCGGUCGUCGGGCUACUUGCAUGCGCUCGCGAAAUCGAGCUCAAGGAAGAUAGCAACACAAAUACCCCUGACGUUGUUGCGUCGCCCAAAAUUGAAGAAAUCGGUAGCUCUCAGUCCAUUGGGGCACUGGACGCUGCUGCUGCCAGUCUCAAUUCCGCUGCCAGACAUGCGGGCCAAGAAUAUGUUGUCCCAGUCAUUGAACCUAUCAAGGUCGACUGGCAUUCUGGGCCGGAGGAGCUGGUUGUGGCAUACACUGGUGGCAUUAUACAGCACUAUCCUCAAUUCAAGGAGAUGUGCCAACAAUACAUUGAUCGCUUGAUCAUGCGGACGGGUCCACAGCGUGGUGCGAAAUCUGUUUUCCUACGGGAGGCUUCAGAUGGCGGUGUCAUUGGAGCCGGAGUUUUGGCUGGCAUGGUCGUACGCAAGUAA